AUGCAGUGUGCCCUGCAGAGGGUCCGCCUCCUCGAGGUGUCGCGGAACGCCCUGCUUGAAGUGCGGCGCCUCGAUGAACAGAACCAUGGCCUGCAGGCACAGCUGUCUCAGGCGAACCAGGACUUAUUGGCACUAAGCACGGAACAGGCAAGCCUCCUGCACGACAACCUUGUCCUGCUGGACGCUUUGAAGGAAAACAACAUGUACAGGGAUGCCUUGCUCCACUGCAGGGAACGGAUGGUCUCACUGGUUGAGCAAGCCUCCGUCGAGAAGGAGCAGUUCGUCGCACAACAUAACAAAACCGCUACGUUAUGCCAACGAAAAUUACACGACUAUCGUCUAGUGCAACAGCAUCUUAAGGAGCUUCUCGUGAAACAACGCAAGGAGCUUACAAGCCAGAGAGAUAGAGCGUUGCAGGACCUUAAUGUAAUGACACGCGACUACCACCAAAUACAGGAGGAAAAUGAGCAGAUUAAGGAAAUAGUAGUGGAUUUUGCACGACAGUUACACACGAACAAGAAAGAGACAGAAGAAACUGUCAUGAAAUUAACAUAUGAAAGAGACAAGGCAUUUAGGAAACUCAAGGCAUUAAAUUCAAAAUAUAUUGAGAUUCUGCGCCAAGUGAGACAGCAUCACGAAGCAGAACACAUGAAACAGGCUCUCAUCCAGGUGACGAGUCUGAGACCUCAUUACACGGAAUCCUUAUUGCAAACAGAAAAUGACGAACAAGUCCAAGGUGAAAAAACAAAGACGAAAACUUUACAGGACACUGAUAAAUAUUUGACGAAAGACAAAAAAUUAGACGGAAAAUGUCAUGAACUUCUUUAUCAAAAGGAAAUCGUUCACAAGCAGAUUCCGAUAUUGUUAUACAAUGAGCUGAAUGGAGAAAACUUAAUGCCAAAGCAAGAAUAUACUGCGAAAAGCCUCGAGCAGAAUGCUAUUGGGCUUUUAGAAAACACCUGCCCAAAACAGUGGCGUGAGGAUCCAUUGAUUGAAGAAACACAAGGGACUUCCUGCCCUGCAAAGUUGCGGGAAGACCCACUGAUGGAAGAGGAAGAGUUGACUUCCUGUCCUACGCAGUGGAGAGAAGGCCUCUUGAGACAAGGAGAGGGAACUUCUCACCCUAAGCAGUGGCAGGAGGACCCACUUAUAGGUGAAGAGGACGAGGAAGUGUCUCAGGAGCUCGGAGAGGGCACUUCUCACCCUAAGCAGUGGCAGGAGGACCCACUUAUAAAACAAGAGGAAGAGAAAGUGUCUCGGGAGCUCGGAGAGGGAACUUCUCACCCUAAGCAGUGGCAGGAGGACCCACUUAUAGGAGAAGAGGACGAGGAAGUAUCUCGGGAGCUCGCUUUAACUGAUGAAAUGAACCGAAUUUGCAUGAAACAUGAAGAGAUGUAUUUGUCAGUAGAUGAAGUGCAUGGGCUGAAAGGUCUGGAGUCGAAUGAAGACAACCUAAUACCAAAGCAACCACAGGUGGUGGCGGCAGAAUACAUCAUACAAAACAACGCUGUAUGGAAAGAACAACCGCUGAUACACGACGAAAACAAGGAAACCCAUUGCCAGGAAAGCAGCCCUAACCAGAGGCUGGCAGAUCUUUUGACAGGGGAAAAGUAUCAAGCAUAUUGGAAACUUGUGGUGUAUGAAGUAAAGGACGAAAAAGAGACUCACAAUGUGAGAGAGAUUGAAGUUUGGGUUCCGCAGGGCACGGAACUCGUACUGGAGAGAGAAAACGACGCGGAGGUAGAAGAGGAAAUAGCAACGAAAACUGCACAUAGCAUUGAUAUUUAUUUGAGGAAGACAAAAGAAUUAGAAGAAAAAUAUGACGAAGUGCAAGGAUAUACUGCGAAAAGCCUCGAGCAUAAUGCUAUCGGGCUUUUAGAAGAGGUCUGCCCAAAACAGUGGAGGGAGGAUCCACUGAUUGAAGAGGAAGAGGGGACAUCCUCCCCUACACAGUGGCGGGAAGACCCAUUGAUAGAAGAGGAAGAGGGGGACUUUCCGCCCUACAGAGUGGCGGGAGGACCAAAUGAUAGAAGAGGAAGAGGGUCUUCCUCCCCUACACAGUGGCAGGAAGAAACAUAUGAUAGAAAAGGAGGAGGGUCUCCAUGCCCUACACAGUGGCGGGAGGACCCAUUGAUAGAAGAGGAAGAGGGGACUUCCUGA